CUCCUUAUUUUAAAGAUACUCCCGAAACGACGCAUGUGGCGCUGAUUGGGGAAGACGUCAAAAUUCCUUGCAAGGGUUAUGGAAAUCCAAAACCUUACAUAGUUUGGUAUAAAAACAACACGCUACUCGGCAACCAUGACCAUCCCAGAAUCGAAGUCAAGACCAAGUCUUUAAGAAUAAUUAAAGCAGAAGCCGGAGAUUCUGGAGUGUACAGUUGUUACCUGUUUAAUGAACAUGGCGAGAAGUGGGUCAACUAUAGUUUACUUGUUGCAAAUGAAACGGAGAUGAAACGAUACUUAGGAGUGCCCGACAACCCAAAAUACAAAGAUCUAAGGUCGCAAGCUGCUAAAGAGAAACUUCAAUGGGACCGCAACAGCAUGGACUUCAUCAGGGACAAAAUAGGGCAGGUUACUUCCUACAUUGAACUGUCCUGUCCAGCAAAGGGCGCCCCAAAACCCACUACUCGCUGGCUCAAGGAUGGAGUGCAGAUACAUCAUCAGAUGUCUGGGCGGAUUUCAGUAAAGAGAGGUGGAACCCUGGUGAUAGCGGAUUUGAUUCUCAAAGAUGCUGGCAACUAUACGUGUAUUGUGUCCAACAUUCAUGGAUCGCUCAACUGGACUUACGAGCUGUCUGUGCUCCAGAGGGCACCCCAUGUACCUCUGUUCGAGCAGCCCAAAAACCAGUCAGUUCGUGUGGGAGAAACGGCCACUUUUUCAUGUAGAAUAGAGAUUAGUGACACCCACCCUCACAUUCAGUGGCUGAAACAUCACCAGGUCAAUGGCUCUUACACUAAUGAUAAUGGAGAGCACUAUUUUCAGAUAAUUCAGGGUCGACAGCGCCCCUCAAUUAACAACAGCAACCCAGAGAUGCUGAUUCUGCAUAAUGUUACAAAAGAGGAUGAAGCCAGGUACACCUGUCUGGUUAGAAAUGCCAUUGGAUCUAGUUUCAAGUCAGCAUACCUGGAAGUCCUUGAUGAUGAUGAGAUGACACCACAAACUGCAGCAAGCAAGUCUAUGGAUAGAAGUGCUGCAGAAUGGCUAAUCAUUGUUCUGGUGGUUGUGUUUGUUCUUGUGUUACUUUGUGUUCUGCCAAUAGUCGUGUGGCUCUGGCACAGACAUCGCCUGAGAAAACCUACAGUUCAGAGACAUAUGAAAAGGAUCAUCAUCAUGAAGCCGAAUGACUUAUACUACCACAACAAAGACCCUGAUGCAGUUUCUCCACUAAUGAUCCCUCAAGUUCGUAUUGUGGAUGGGCAAUACACAAGUAGUGCCAGUGAUAGGAGGAGGCGACUCUCAUCUGACUUCACUGAAAUCUCAGAGUAUGACCUGCCCCUUGACAGUAAAUGGGAAUUUCCCAGAGAGAGGCUGAAGCUGGGCCCACGUCUUGGAGAGGGAGCAUUUGGCCUAGUUGUGAAAGCCGAAGCAAUGGGUCUUGUGAAUAACAAUGCUAGCACUACAGUGGCAGUGAAGAUGUUGAAGAAAGAUGCCACAGACCGGGAAAUGAUGGACCUCAUUCGAGAAAUGGAAACAAUGAAACUUAUAGGAAAGAAUAAGAACAUUAUCAAUCUUCUUGGUUGCUGUACCCAGAGAGGACCUUUGUAUGUUAUUGUUGAAUUUGCACCAUAUGGCAACUUGCGAGACUUCUUGAAAACUCAUCGGCCACCAGGUCCAAGUGAUCCCCCAACAUCAACAGAAUAUGAACAGCCCAUUCUUUCUUGUAAUGGAGAACUUAAGACAUUAACCCAGAAGGAUUUAAUAUCCUUCGCUUUCCAGGUUGCCAGAGGCAUGGAGUAUCUAUCAUCUAAGCAGUGCAUACACCGAGAUCUAGCAGCCAGGAAUGUUCUGGUGGCGGAGGAUUAUGUGCUUAAGCUGGCAGAUUUUGGCCUGACCCGAAACCUUCAACAGUUUGAUUAUUACAGGAAAACCACAGAUGGAAGAUUGCCAGUCAAGUGGAUGGCACCAGAGGCAUUGUUUGACAGGAAGUAUACAUCAAAAAGUGAUGUCUGGUCAUUUGGUGUGUUACUGUGGGAAGUUUUCACCCUUGGUGGAAAUCCUUAUCCUUCAGUGCCAGUUGAGGCUCUGUUUGCUUUACUCAAAGAUGGACAUCGCAUGAAGAGACCUCCGUAUGCAAGCAGCAAGAUGUAUGGCAUCAUGCAGCAGUGCUGGCAAGAAGAUCCAUCCAAAAGACCUUGUUUCAAGACAUUAGUGCAGGAACUGGACUGUAUGCUGACAUCUUCGUUGAAUGAUGAGGCUUACCUUCACCUGGAACCUUUGGAAAGUCCCAUGAGCACCUCAGAUUCACAAUACUCUUCAAUGAGUCACAGUAGCAGCACAAGUAGUGCACCAAACAGCACUCACAGCUCAGAUAAUUCUGCCAUUGCUUGA